AUGUACUGUUUUACAGACACGUUUACCCCUGCUGAUGUUGGACUUAAAGAGGAAAAUCCUAUUGAUGAUGAAGGGCAUGGACGUGUAGCUCGGUGUACUCAACCUAUUACAUAUUUGCACAUUCACGAAUGUGAUGGUUUUACGAUGUGUAUAUUCUGCUUUCCUACUUCUUCAGUUAUUCCACUGCACGACCAUCCCGAGAUGACUGUAUUCAGCAAAGUUCUUUACGGAUCUCUGCAUGUAAAGUCUUAUGACUGGAUUGAACCAACAUGUAUUAGGGAAAGCAAGGAGCCAGUAAGGUUAGCAAGGUUGGUGAUGGAUAAAGUUUUUACCGAACCAUGCCGGACCUCUGUGUUGUACCCAAAAAGUGGGGGCAAUCUGCAUUGUUUCACUGCAGUGUCUCCUUGUGCCGUCCUUGAUGUACUUGCUCCGCCGUAUAGAGAGGAUCUCGGUAGAAAGUGCACUUAUUACAUCGACUAUCCGUUUUCAACCUCGGGAAAUGGAGCUCAGAUAAGCAAUGGAAAGGAAGAGGACUAUGCAUGGCUUGCGGAGACGGAAACGCCGGAUGAUCUAUAUAUGCAGCCAGGAGUAUAUGUUGGUCCACCUAUUCAGGUUUAG